CCGGUUGCCACCAUGUCUGGCGCCUUCGACGAGUCGGCCAGCCUGGAGGAGAGCACCGACAGUUUCUGGGAGGUGGGAAACUACAAGCGUACAGUGAAGAGGAUCGACGACGGUCAUAGACUCUGCAAUGACCUUAUGAAUUGCAUCCAGGAGCGAGCUAAAAUCGAGAAAGCCUACUCUCAGCAACUGACCGACUGGUCCAGAAGAUGGAGACUGCUGGUGGACAAAGGUCCUCAAUACGGCACGGUAGAACGCGCCUGGAUGUCGCUCAUGACCGAGGCGGAGAAGGUCAGUGAUCUUCACCACGAAGUGAAGAACAACUUGAUGGCCGAGGACUUUGAGAAAGUGAAGAACUGGCAGAAAGACUCCUACCACAAGCAGAUGAUGGGAGGAUUUAAGGAAACCAAAGAGGCAGAUGAGGGAUUCAAGAAGGCCCAGAAGCCCUGGGCUAAAAAGUUAAAGGAGCUGGAGGCUGCAAAAAAGGCAUACCACAUGGCCUGCAAAGAGGAGAAGCUGGCCUCCACCAGGGAGGCCAACGGCAAGAGUGAAGCCUCAGUCACUGCUGACCAGUUGAAAAAACUCCACGAGAAAGUUGACAAGUGCAAGCUGGAUUCCCAAAAGGCCAAGGACAAGUACGAGAAGGCUCUGGACGAGCUGAACAAAUGCACACCUCAGUACAUGGAGAGCAUGGAGCAGGUCUUCGAUCAGAGUCAGCAGUUUGAAGAGAAGAGACUUAGCUUCAUCCGAGAGGUAUUCCUGGACGUCAAACGCCACCUGAACCUGACAGAGAACCAAAGUUACGCAUCCGUGUACCAAGAACUUGAACAUACCAUCACGUCGGCCAGCGCUCAAGACGAUCUCCAGUGGUUUAAAAACAACCACGGUCCUGGCAUGCACAUGAACUGGCCGCAGUUUGAGGAGUACAACCCAGACCUCAGCCACAGCAUCACGAAGAAGUCCAAGAAAGGAAGCGAUUCCAUCAUGCUGACCAAUAUCACAUCCACAGUGGAUCGGGCACAAGCUGGUGAUCAGGGCAGCGUAAACAGCUACGAUAAGACCCAGCUGCACAGGGCCUCCAACGAAUGGUCGGACGAGGAUCAGACGGCGCCCGACUCGGCCAGCGACACCAACGGCGGCGGCAACCCUUUUGACGACGACUCCUCCGGCGGCGUGCGGGUGAGGGCGUUGUACGACUACGAAGGCCAGGAGCAGGACGAGCUCAGCUUCCGAGCAGGAGAAGAACUGACAAAACUGGAGGAGGAGGACGAGCAAGGCUGGUGCAAAGGCCGCCUGGACAGCGGCCAGCUGGGUCUUUACCCGGCUAAUUACGUGGAGCCUAUCUAG